CGGCGCCCCCGCGCCCGCCCCCGCCCCGGCCCGCGCCCGGCCCGCCGCCCGCGCCCGCGCCCCGCGCCCCGCGGCCCCGCCGCCGGCCCGGACAUGGCCGCCAACAUGUACAGGGUCGGAGACUAUGUCUACUUUGAGAACUCCUCCAGCAACCCAUACCUGAUCCGCAGGAUUGAAGAACUCAAUAAGACAGCCAACGGGAAUGUGGAGGCCAAGGUGGUGUGUUUCUACAGAAGGCGAGACAUAUCCAGCAGCCUCAUCGCCCUGGCCGACAAGCAUGCAACCCUGUCAGUCUGCUAUAGAGCCGGACCGGGGGCGGACACCGGCGAGGAAGGGGAAGUGGAGGAAGAGGUAGAGAACCCAGAAAUGGUGGACCUGCCUGAGAAACUUAAGCAUCAGCUGCGGCAUCGGGAACUGUUCCUCUCUCGGCAGUUGGAGUCACUGCCUGCCACCCAUAUCAGGGGCAAAUGCAGUGUUACCCUGCUCAAUGAGACUGAAUCACUCAAGUCCUACCUGGAGCGUGAGCACCCUGUGAGCAAGAUUCAAAGAA